GUCUACCCCUGGACCCAGAGGUUCUUUGAUAACUUCGGGAACCUCUCCAGCCCCACUGCCAUCAUCGGCAACCCCAAGGUCCGUGCCCAUGGCAAGAAAGUGCUCACCUCCUUCGGGGAUGCCGUCAAGAACCUGGAAAACCUCAAGGCGACCUACUCCAAGCUGUCUGAGCUGCACUGCGAGAAGCUGCAUGUGGACCCCGAGAACUUCAGGCUCCUGGGAGACAUCCUCAUCAUUGUGCUGGCAGCACAUUUUUCCAAGGACUUCACCCCUGCCUGCCAGGCCACCUGGCAGAAGCUGGUCGGUGUGGUGGCCCAUGCUCUGGCCUACAAGUACCAUUAA